AUGAGGAUGGUUAGGUCGACGACAGUGGCGCCACCCCCUGUUGUUCUCAACAUCAUCGGCCUGUUCGCCAUGAGCGGUCCGUACCCGGCCGGUCUGUCGUAUCUGCUGGCGGCUCUACUGGCCGUCCAACACGUCAACAUUGACCCCAGCAUUCUGCCCAACCACAAGCUACAGAUAAACGCCUACAACACCAAUUGCUCACAAGCCCAAGGUCUGGACGCCUUUUACAAGGAAGUGUACAACCCAAACAGGACCUCAAUUUUGGCGCUGGGAGGGACCUGUUCUCACGUGACUGAGGCCACGGCAGCUGUUGCAAACCUCCGGAAUAUGUUGCAGUUAUCGUAUUCGGCAGUGUCACCCCACCUGUCCAACCAGGAUUUGUUCCCGUCAUUUUUCCGCGUGAUGACGCCGGAGCAGAACUUGACUCACGCACGAGUGGAGCUGUUCCGGGCGUUCAACUGGACGAGAGUGUUUGUCAUUUACCAGGACUACAAACUCUUCUCUACGCUGUUCGAGUCCAUCCAGCGUGACCUUCAGAACGAGAGUAUAGAGGUCAAGGACGAGAUGCUCAUCAGUACUUCCGUCCUCAAACUUAAGGUGGACACUCUCAAAGUGUACGACUCCGAGGACGGAGACUCCGACCAGGCCUGGUACAAGAAGGUCGUCUGGCUGCUCCCGUCCUUCUUCGACCACCACUGGAUGAACUUCACCGGCGACGCCAAAUGCACCCCCCACAAGAUACGCCAGGCUUCUAACAAAAUUGCUGCAAUCACCAUUAACAGAGCGGUGAAAAACGACAUACCUGAGGAAUUCCAACACAUGUACGGACGCGGCAGCAAAUACUACGACCCGAACUCCCUGUACGCUGAGCACCGGUCCCCAGAAGCUUACGACGCCGUCUGGGCCAUCGCCUACGCCCUCAACAAUACCCUGACUUCCCUCAGGAAAAAUGACCCGUCCAUGGGGCUGGGCAACAUUUCCUUCCACAACAACACAUUUUUCCAGUUGCUCAAGUCGCACAUGCAGAACGUGACGUUCGAUGCCCUGUCUGGACCAUUCUCCUUCAACGCCCGCGGGGAGCGGACGCCAGGCAUCCUCAUCUCAAGGUUUCUCAACGGGAAAGUGCCCGUGGACGGCGUGCACACAGAGCGACGCUUGGUGCGCAUUGACUGCCGGAUCAAGGUGUGCUUCUGGGUAAUAGCUUGUGCCGGGGUCCUUGUCACGGUGGCUCUGCUGAUCUUCAACAUCACGCGGAGGAAGCACAAGUAA